GAUCUCAACUGAAGUUUCCUCUGUCAGCUUCCCGAAAAGCCUCAAGAAACUCCUCGAAAAUGACAAAAGUAUCGUCCGUGUUGAGCAUCGUUAAAGUCGUCGGCGGGAAAAGGCAAAGGGAGCUGUAAGUCCCGACAAUGCGGCUCAAACAAACCCUGCAGUGAUUUGUGGUCUCGGUGGUUUUGUGCUCUUUGCUAGCUAGGGGCUGGGUCCCGUUACAGUCGGGGAGUCGGCGGCUCACCAAGAUGUCCAUGGAGGAGCAGGAAUUCCCCGAUGCGGUCCUGGUGACUGAGGCCGGGCCGCAGUGGCUCCGCGUGGAGGUCGAGCGGCUCACCCGGGAGCUCCGGGAGACGACCCAUGAGAAGAUCCAGGCGGCUGAGUACGGGCUGGCGGUGCUGGAGGAGAAGCAGCAGCUCAAGCAGCGACACGAUGAGUUGGAGACAGAAUAUGAGACUGUCCGACACGAGCUGGAUCAGCUGAAGGAGGCCUUUGGACAAGCGUAUUCAGCCCACAGGAAGGUGGCAGCAGAUGGGGAAAGCAGGGAAGAGUCACUGAUGCUUGAGUCUGCCAGUAAGGACGCUCUCUACCAGCAGAAGGUCCUGGAGCUGCAGAAUGAGCUCCGACAGGCCAAAGACUCCCUCACAAGCGUACAAUCUGAAAAUGAUCGCCUGUCGUCCAUUGCUCUGGAGAUAAGAGAGCAUUCAGAGCUGGCAGAGCUGCAGCGAGGUCAGCUGCGUGAUGACGUGAGAGAGUACAAGGUGCGAGAAGCUCGUCUGCUGCAGGACUACAGCGAGCUGGAGGAGGAGAACAUCUCUCUUCAGAAACAAGUGUCUGUGCUGAGACAGAGCCAGGUGGAAUUUGAAGGUCUAAAGCAUGAGAUCCGCCGUCUGGAGGAGGACUCCCAGUGCCUACACAGCCAGCAGGAGGAAGCUGUGCGUCUGAGAGAAAUCGCUGAGCGACAGCUGACGGAGGCCUUAGAAACGAUCAAAACGGAGCGUGAGCAGAAGGCAUCUCUUCGCAAGGAGCUCUCCCACUAUAUGACCAUCGGCGGCUCUGUCAGCUCUUUCAGUAUCUCCUUCGACAACCUAAAGCUCCAUGAGGAUUCCUCCAUCAUUACAGAGCCCGACAAUGAUGAUCUCAUCAGAGGCUUUGAAAACGGCUUGGCCAAGAUAGGUGAAGGUGAUGGAGACAACAGAGCUGCUGUGAACAAGAGAGGAGACGCUUUCAAGCCGGCUCCUAGCCUGGUGGACGACCUGCUGAGCGAGCUCAACAUCUCUGAGAUCCAGAAACUUAAACAACAGCUUGUGCAGGUGGAGCGGGAGAAAGCCGCCCUGAUCAACUCUCUCCAGGAGAACCAGAAGCACCUUGAACAGGCCUAUGGGACUGUGUCCGAGCAAAAGGAAACGGUCAACAGGCUGACUGAAAACCUCACUGCCAUGAGGAAACUUCAGGCCAGUAAGGAGCGCCAGUCUGCCCUCGACAGUGAGAAAGACAGGGACAGCCACGAUGACGGAGACUACUACGAGCUGGACAUCAAUGGACCCGAGAUUCUUCAGUGUAAAUACACUGUGGCGGUGUCUGAAGCCGGGGAGUUGAGGCAGGAGUUGAAGACUCUGAGGUCACAGUACGAGGAGUGUCGAACCCAGUACGAAUGUGAGCGAGCGCGGCUGGAUAGCGAAAUCCAGGAGCUGAGGUCAAAGUUGGCGUCCCUGGAGAAGAUUAGCCACGGCGACAAAGCAGAGGUGGCUCGUCUGGAGAAGGAGCUCCGUCAGGUCAGCGAGACGGCGGGAGAAUCACUUGGCAGCCUUAACGUGGCGCAGGAUGAGCUCAUAGCUUUCAGUGAAGAGCUGGCCAAUCUCUACAACCAUGUGUGUAUGUGCAACAAUGAGACCCCUAACCGCGUCAUGCUCGACUACUACAAAGAAGGAAAGGCCAUAGUAAGAAAGGGGCAUGAAGGGAAGGAGCACCAGUCUUCCAUACUUCUCACUAAUGGGCUGAUCACUGAGACUGAACCUGGAAGUAAUUCCAGCAGCACCUCAGCUGUGCCCGUCCCAGAGCACCGGCCAGAACCCAUGAACGUCUAUAACCUCGUAGCCAUCAUCAGGGACCAGAUCCGCCACCUGCAGCAGGCAGUGGACCGCACCACAGACCUGUCCCGUCAGAGGCUUGCUAACCUGGAGUUGAGCACAGUGUCAGACAAGGACAAGGAGGCUUGCAUGGGAGAGAUCCUCAAACUGAAGUCCCUUCUGAGCACCAAAAGGGAACAGAUCGCCACUCUCAGAGCUGUGCUGAAGGCCAACAAACAGACGGCUGAGGUUGCUCUGGCCAACCUGAAGGGUAAGUACGACAGCGAGAAGGCCAUGGUGACGGAGACAAUAAUGAAGCUCCGCAAUGAACUUAAGGCUCUGAAAGAGGACGCUGCAACGUUCUCCUCUCUUCGAGCCAUGUUUGCUACAAGGUGUGAUGAGUAUGUGACCCAGCUGGAUGACAUGCAGAGGCAGCUGGGUGCUGCGGAGGAUGAGAAGAAGACCCUGAAUUCUCUGUUACGUAUGGCCAUCCAGCAGAAACUGGCCUUAACCCAGCGCCUGGAGGACUUGGAGUUUGACCAUGAGCAGGCGCGCCGCAACAAUGCCACAGCGGGGGGUGGUAAGAGCAAAACAAAAGCCAAGGGAGCCUCGUCCAACCAUCAUUAAAUCUAUCAUGCCGAGUUUCCUUAAGGAGGUUCUUCAGAGUGUCUGUGACAGUUGCCAGUCAUCUGGUUCCUUCACUCUCUAAUCAUGGUCCAAAUCAUGUUGCUAACACAAGAUCACAAACACCAGUAUUUUCCAAGGGCCUUGUUUUAGAGUGCCAAAAACAAGUACGUAAAAUGAUGUUGAACAUGCAGAAAGAAUGACUCAUCGCAUCUGUUGCCAACUGCAGUUCCCCAGUCUACCGACACUAUGCACCACUAUUACUGUUCUGCUAAUUACCCAUUGCCUGUGUAAUCCUGACUGUGCACUUUUUGUUUCUCACUUGCUCUUAGGUGAUUCCUCUUUCUUUAAAAAAAUCAUACUAAUUGUUUCAAGUAUUAUAUGAUGUUUUUUUUACCGGAUGUGCAUGUUUAUCUACCAGAUUGUUGGUGAUGUUUUCAAAUGAUUCUAAAUAUUUUUUUCCCUAUUUAUUUUAUAGCAGCAAAUCCAGAGAUUAUGUAGUUAUUCUUUUUAAAACCAGAACUUUCACUCACUGGUUGAACUCCAACAAAAGAGACACAUACACUUUUCUACCUUAGUUGUUUUCCUUUUGGCCUUAAAUGUAUGGGUGCCUUUCUAUCAGGCCAUAGCGACACUUUCAAAGUUAUCAAUAUUCUUGAUAACCAUUAUUUAGCUAAAAAAUAAUAAUUCAGUAUAUUAUUUUGACUAUAUAACCCUGCAAAUAUGGUGCUUCAGUUUCAGGGUCUUACUACAUGUUGUGUUUUGGGGCUAUUCUUUUGUUGACAUGGCAGAGCUGUUACAAAUUCAAGUAUGCUUGUUAUGACAUAGAACGAGUAUUAAUGCAAAGCUUAUUUAAAUAUUUUUAAGUUAAGGUCAGAUGUUAAUAGUAUUCAUACUUUAUUCAUGAAGGAGAGUUUUUAAUGUAAUUGUUUUAAUACAACUUUUUGUAAACCUUUUGAGUCCUAAAAUCUUUCAAACAACAAGGCCGCAGUGCUAUUUUGUGUUACAAGGGCAAUUUGCAAACAUGGCAAGAAAAAGACAACUAAAUGUUUAUGCUAUGUAAAAAAAUAUUGUUCACAUUGUUGCUCACAAACUUGGUCCUCAUUGAUAUUUUAAAAUGUUUUUACCAUACCUGUCAUUGUAUUUAUUUGACACUGUUCAGACUAAAGGAUGUCAUCAUCCUUUUCAUUUCAUAAGGGAGUUUGAGUGGAGGUGGCUGGUCAUAAUAUUGACAAGACUGGACUUGUGGUUAAACACUAGCAAAAUGCAUAACUCUGGGCUACUGUCUCUGCUAACAGUUAUGGCUGGUGUUGAAAUAAAUCUAAC